AUGAAGUGGGCUGCUGCUGGCAUGGCCGCUGGCGCCACCCUGGCCGCUGCCUGGGCCGACGUUGAGGCUCCGGCCGUCACGUCCACCGUUCACGUUACGGAGUACGUCCCUCUUGAGCAGCACCCUUGCUCUGUCUACUUCUUCGCCGACGGCGCCCUGAACCUCCCCGCCGAGGCUUGCGGUCCCGGUUCUUGCUGCGUCGGCAUCAAGGAGCCCGGCAGUGACGAGCCCUGGGGUCCUGGCCCCGGUCCUGCCCCACCCACCGUGCCUAUUCCCGGCCACGAGCACCCCGUUGCCCCCGAGCCCGGCCAUCCUGGACACCCCGGAAAGCCUGGCCAUCCUGGACACCCCGGAAAGCCCGGCCAUCCUGGACACCCCGGAAAGCCUGGCCAUCCUGGACACCCCGGCCACCCGGAGCCUGGCCACGACGACGACCACUGCGGCUGCGUCACGUCGACCUACGUCACUACCAAGACCAUCUCUGGCACCACCACCGUCUGUACCGAGACGACCACCAUCACCACGGAGACGAUCGUCAUUCCUUCGACCACCACUGAGGACUGCGAGACGUCGACUGAGGCGCCGGUCGUUCCCACACACGAGCCUACUCACGGUCACCCCAAGCCCCAUCACCCCAAGCCCACUCCCGGGUACCCCGAGCCUCCUCACCCCAAGCCCACUCCCGGGCACCCCAAGCCCCAUCACCCCAAGCCUACUCCCGGGCACCCCAAGCCCCAUCACCCCAAGCCUACUCCCGAGCACCCCAAGCCCCAUCACCCCAAGCCUACUCCCGAGCACCCAGAGCCCACUCCUGGCCACCCCAAGCCUCCUCACCCCAAGCCCACUCCCGGACACCCCAAACCUCCUCACCCCAAGCCCACUCCCGAGCACCCCCACCCCGAGCCCGGCCACUGCCCCAAGCCGACCUGCCCCACUGGUCUUGCGCGCGCCCUGUUCCGCAACCCGUUCGAGCUUGACGUGAACGUUGGCUACAAGCACUUUGACAUUGAUUGGUUCAAGGUCCGCAAGCCCUUUGAGGUUGGCGUGGUUUCCGACGUGGAGAUCUCGACUGCUGAGUGGGAGGAUACGGUGGCCAUCUACCACGGCUUCCUGUACGCCUGCGAGUCUGGCGAGUACACGUUCACGUCUGACAGCGCCGACGACCUCGCUCUGUUCUGGUUCGGCGAGAAGGGCUUCUGGGACUGGAACUUUGGCACGGCCGACAUCAUCCAGUUCUUCUUUGGCGACAACGGCUCCAAGUCGGUGACGCGCCACUACUCGGCCGGCACCUACAUCCCCAUCAACGUGGUGUGGGCCAACGCCGUCGGCUCCGGCCACCUCUCGCUGACCGUGACCGGCCCCGACGGAACGGUCCUCCUCGGCGAUGGCGUGAGCGAGUACAUCACCGUCACCGCGUGCGACAACACCUUCCCCCAGUGGCCUCCCUGGGGUGACAAGCCCGAUCACAAGCCCCACCUCCCGGAUGAGGAAGACGACGACGACUCAUUCACGGACACCGACUCGGACGACACGGACACGGCUACUGAGGACCCCGGCCCUUCGGAGUCUGACGACGAGGACGAGGACGACUUCUAA